CUCACUCCUGCACUCCUCUUUCUCCAUUCACUGAGAAAGCUCUGAGCAGAACAGAAACCUCUCUCCUCCUUGAAUGGACUCCAUCUCCCCGAGCCAAACGCUCUUUCACUGCUGUUGUUGACGGAAACUGUGAUUUUUUUUAUUUCUUCUCCUCGUGCUGCUGUUGAGAAAAGUUGACUGCUGUGACUUUUCUGUGUCGCCAUGAACUUCUGUCGGACUUGAGGAGUUUCCAGAGCAGCUGUGUGGUGUCGUAAACAACUGAUGGGCAAAAACCGAACCAGAGAAGACUUGUGAAAGAGGAGAAACAGUGCUUGUAGUGAAAGAUUUAGAGGGUGGUGGCUGAUUUGGGUUUGGGUCAGCCAGACUCAAGGCAGGGAGACAGACAGGUAGAAAGGUACGGGGUGACAGAUCAAUUUUAAAAAUAGCCUACUUUUGUCCUAGUUUUGUCCCCUGGACCACAAUGGGUUCAGACGUACGUGACCUGAACUCUCUGCUGCCCCCGCUCCCGGCGGGCCCCAGCCCCGGCUGCCCAGCCCUGCCCGUCAGCACGGCCCCUCAGUGGGCUCCCGUCCUGGACUUCCACACCGCCGCCUCCCCUUACUCCUCUCUGGCCACCCCCCACACCUCCCUGGGGCCGCACUCCUUUAUCAAGCAGGAGCCCAGCUGGGGGGCCACCACUGACCCCCACCACCUUGACACAGACCCUCACUGCGGUCUCAGCGCCUUCACCGUCCACUUCUCAGGGCAGUUCACGGGGACCGGGGCCUGCAGGUACGGGACAGCAUUCGGGGCACCACCACCUCCGGCACCAGCCCCCACUCAACCUCCAUCUGUGACCGCCCCGCACCACCACCAGCCCCCCAGCAGGAUGUUCAGCAACCCACCGUACCUGACCAACUGCAUGGACACACAGCAGGCGGCCCGCAACCAGACAGGUUACAGCGCGGUCGCAUUCGAUGGAGCCGGUAAUUACGGCCACACUCCUACACACCACAGCUCGCAGUUCUCCAACCACUCCUUCAAACAUGAAGACGCUUUAACUCAGCCGAGCACUAUGGGUGAGCAGCAGUAUCCUGUUCCUCCUCCUGUCUACGGAUGCCACACACCUUCAGACAGCUGUACAGGCAGCCAGGCUCUGCUGCUGAGGAACCCUUACAACAGCCAUGCAGCAGGCUACGACAGUGACCCCAGCACCCCCAUGGUGUACAGCUGCAGCACACAGUACCACAUACACACGCAUGGAGUCUUCAGGGGAAUACAGGAUGUGCGGCGGGUGCCCAGCAUCGCUCCAGCCAUCGUGCGGUCAGAGAGCAGUGAGAAGCGCCCAUUCAUGUGUGCCUACCCAGGAUGCAACAAACGCUACUUCAAGCUGUCUCAUUUGCAGAUGCACGGUCGCAAACACACAGGGGAGAAACCCUACCAGUGUGAUUUCACAGACUGUGGCCGGAGCUUUUCCCGCUCCGACCAGCUCAAGAGACACCAGAGGAGGCACACAGGAGUUAAACCCUUCGAAUGCGAGACGUGUCAGAGAAAGUUCUCUCGGUCUGACCACCUUAAGACACACACCCGGACUCAUACAGGUAAAACAAGUGAGAAGCCGUUCAACUGUCGGUGGCCGAACUGUCAGAAGAAGUUUGCCCGGAGUGACGAGUUGGUGCGACACCACAACAUGCACCAGAGGAACCUCACCAAGCUCCAGCUGGCUAUCUGAGUCUUUUGUCAGCGCAUAUCACAGUUUUAAAUGUAAACAUCUGGGUUACAUCUGCUUAUAUUUUCUGUCUCCACGUAAUCCAAAGCUGGUGACCCCCUUUGCACCCACUAACCCAGCCUGUGUAAGGACCAGUAGAGUCCUAAUGGCUCCCUUAAAGAGGUUAAUAUCACUAGUCACUAUUGCUGCUGAUCCAUUGUUGGUUUUGGUCUUUACAUGGGAUUUAAAGGUCCAGUGUGUAACAUUUAGGAGGAUCUUUUGACAGAUAUGGAAUAUAAUAUUCAUAGGUAUGUUAUCAUUAGUGUAAAAUCACCCCCUGUAUAUCCACCGUAUAUGCCUCAGAGAACAUCCCACUCUGCGUUCCUCUGCAGAGCAGUGCAAUUGUCGGUAGACUGUACCAGAGGGGCAGAGUGGGGGGAGAUUGUUCACUAGUUAAUCGAUCACGGAUACUUGUGCUGUGAAAGAGAUGCUUUGCUGAAGCAAAAAACACAAUGUUAGAGAGAAGUCUAAAACAAAUGUUGGUUCAUUAAGAAACUAUGGUGGGACAAAUUAGUCUGUGGUGGACUGCCACAGGCUUGGUAAUUAAUGGGAAACACUGAGUCUAGAACAGACAAACCAAGCACUGGCACUUGAUAGGGUCUUUCAUGUUUGUGCGAGUUUUGUUGCCACUGUUGUUUCUCUUACACACUUGGAAGGCUGAGCUGUAUUCAAGUGGAUGCACUCUGCAACUUCACCGCUAGAUGGCACUAAAUCCUGCACACUGGUCCUUUAAAGAUUCGAAUUAUUGUUUCAUAAAGUCAGUCUGUAACUGAAAAGAGCAACAUUUCACUUAAGUUUCUGUUUCCGAGAAACAUUUUGGCAAAUGCUGUCCAGCAGGUGUAAAUAUAAAAAUGUACACAAACCCAAUUAGAUCUACAGUACAGUCACUUUACAGAAGGUCCCCAGAGUCAAUGUUGGUAUCUUUGCACAUUAAGACAGAAGAAUUUUAACCAUAAUGUAAUAUUUCAUUCAUCCUCAAUUAUUGUCUGUUUUCUUGCCACCAUCCACCACUGUGUGUAAAGUGAUUUCAUGGUCAUCUGCAUACAUGCCCCGCAGCUUAGCGCCUUCAGCUGUUGUAAAUAUCUCUUCUGUUGAGCUGCAUUGGGUGGGCCUCUUUGUUAUCUUUUUGUGAACAAAACUUGCUUUCACUGGAAUGAUUUAAAGGGAGGGAGGUGUCAUUCAGUCUCUCUGCCUUUUCUCAUAAUUUCCCUUUUAUACCAUGAGCGAUAAUGCUGGGUUUGAUUUAAAGAGAUCAAAUGAAGUGAACAACUUGCAUUUAACACCGUAUGCAUUAUGUGUUUGCAAUGUAAGCUUUUGGUGUUUUGUCU